UGAGCGACCGCAUUUAGCGGGUGAACAGCGACAGACAGACAAUCCAACAGAUUUUUAAAGUGGUCGUUAGUUCCUCAACUAAUUGGUUAUUGCUACGUAUUUAGUUUCAUUGGAAAGUGUGAUCUGUGGAGUGUUUUAUAUGUGCAACAUGUGGAGCCUUGAAUCUGUGACAUUGAUUUUGGCUUGUGUUGUCGCAGUUUCUGGCCAAGAUUUUGGCUAUGGAGGCAAGCACGGACCGGAACAUUGGGCCGAUGAUUACAAGCGCUGCAGUGGCAAGUACCAGAGUCCCAUUAACAUUGAUGAGCUGAAAGUGGAGAAAAAGGAUUAUCCCGAUCUUGAGUACUACAACUUUGAUUCCAUACCCAAAGCCGUACACAUAACCAACAAUGGACACACUGUGCUGGUCACCAUGAGCUUUGCGAAGGGCAAGGAGCCACGUGUGAGGGGUGGUCCAUUGGAAACGAAGGCUUUCUAUCAAUUUGAGCAGUUUCACUUUCAUUGGGGUGAGAAUGAUUCAGUUGGAAGUGAGGAUACGAUCAACAAUCAAGCAUAUCCGGCGGAAAUGCAUGUCGUCGUUCGUAGUCUGGACUAUCCGGACUUUGAGAGCGCUUUGGGUCAGGAUCAUGGUAUUGCCGUGUUGGCUUAUUUCUUCAACAUCAGAAACAUCGGGAGUGCCAGUUAUUCGGAAUUCACGAGGUUGUUGCCGUCUAUAAGCCGGAAAGGGAAGUCCAUUGACUUGGAAACUCCACUGCCCUUGAUGAGUUAUGUCUCCAAGGAUCCGGUUAAUUACUACAGCUACGUUGGAUCGUUGACAACGCCACCCUGUGCCGAGGAAGUGGUCUGGAUUGAUUUUCACGAGCCCAUAUCCAUAUCGGAGAACCAGUUGGAACAAUUUCGUUUACUGACCGAAAAUGAUGACCACUUGAAGAACAAUUUCCGGCCAACUCAACCACUUAACAAUCGCACGGUUUACCAGAGGGUUCCCAUUCCCUUUGAUCAUGCCAAGAGUCAAUGGGGCGAAACGCCCCUGGAACGAAAUACGAGCUCCACAAUAAAAAGGGGAUUGACUCUUCUGCUAGGCAGCCUUCUGGUGUUGUUUAAGCGAAAUAUUUUACUGGAUUUUAAUUAGAGGCCAUGACCCAGACCGCAUCGCGAUUUGUUUUGUGUUAAAUGCAUUGCUCGCAUGCUCAAAAUUUUAAUUAAGCCUUGUAAUUUACCCAACUGAACCUGCACACGGGCAUUGUUUGCUUGUUUGUCGCUGUGAGGACGUGAGUCGGGACUUGACCCAAUAAGAAGUGCGAGUAAUAACUACUUUAAGCAUUAUAUUUAAAUGUGGCACUUUAUACAUAAUGUAUGUUGCACAUGGCACCUGAUUCUGAUUAAAAGCUCAUAAAUGUAAGAGUUGAUGAGAUGAUGAUGAUGUUUGUGCCUUAAGCAUAUUUAAUUUAAAGUCAUCACUGAAUUUCCACUCAUUAAGUUCGUGUUACUGCACCUUGUGAUUUAUAAGAUAAGUAGAGUAUAUUUCUUGAUAUGUUUGACUAUCAAUAAAUAAAUAUAAGCCAGUGCGUCUUUAUCUACAA